CAUUUAAGACCCAUCUUCUUCUUCUUCUCCUCCAUUUUCCAUUUCAAAAACUCCAGGAAAACCUCACCCUUGGGUUUAGGGUUUAACCCGCACUAACACUAAUUUUCUGUCCACCAUGGCGCGAUUCUCGCGAUCCACCGCGCCACGGCUACUCUACAGAUUCUAUGUCUCUCCUAAGGCGACACUAUCUAGUCCUCCAUCGCCGACCUCCGCCCUCCUCCUGGGCAACUUCGAGGUGCGGCAAUUCUCAACGGGCAAUCUCGCACGUGCGAACGAGGAGAAGGAGCCCUGGUGGAAGGAAUCAAUGGAGAAGCUCCGAAACAUCGGGAUCUCUGCUCACAUCGACUCUGGAAAGACCACGCUGACGGAGCGAAUUCUCUAUUACACAGGCAGGAUUCACGAAAUCCACGAAGUUCGAGGCAAAGAUGGUGUUGGUGCCAAGAUGGAUUCCAUGGAUUUGGAGAGAGAGAAGGGUAUCACCAUCCAGUCUGCAGCCACUUACUGCACCUGGAAUGGUUACCAGAUUAACAUAAUUGACACCCCUGGUCACGUUGAUUUCACCAUUGAAGUUGAGCGGGCUUUGCGUGUACUUGAUGGUGCCAUUCUUGUCCUCUGUAGCGUCGGUGGUGUUCAGAGUCAGUCAAUCACUGUUGAUCGGCAGAUGAGAAGAUAUGAGGUUCCGAGAGUUGCAUUUAUUAACAAACUUGAUAGAAUGGGAGCGGACCCAUGGAAAGUUCUCAACCAGGCAAGGUCCAAGCUUCGGCAUCACAGUGCUGCCGUGCAAGUUCCAAUUGGAUUGGAAGAGGAUUUCCAGGGCCUUGUUGACCUUGUGAAGUUAAAAGCUUAUUAUUUUCAUGGUUCCAGUGGGGAAAAAGUUGUAACUGCUGAAAUACCGGCUAAUAUGGAGACCUUGGUUGCAGAAAAGAGACAUGAACUAAUAGAAAUAGUCUCUGAAGUGGAUGAUAAGCUUGCUGAAGCAUUUCUUAGUGAUGAGCCUAUAUCAUCUGCUGAUCUUGAGGAAGCAAUUCGCAGGGCAACUGUAGCACGGAAGUUUAUACCUGUGUUCAUGGGAAGCGCAUUCAAAAACAAGACUUCUUUCAAUCAUGCUCUCGUUAUUCUGCCUUUUCUUGGAUGCAGGGCGUACAGCCACUGUUGGAUGGUGCCUCGCUUGGUUCGGAUGCAUUCUAAUGAGAUGGAGGACAUUCAAGAAGCACAUGCUGGGCAAAUAGUUGCAGUAUUUGGUGUAGAUUGUGCUUCAGGGGAUACAUUUACAAAUGGGUCUGUCAGGUACACCAUGACUUCUAUGAAUGUCCCUGAGCCAGUGAUGUCAUUAGCUGUUCAACCAGUUUCUAAAGACUCUGGAGGACAAUUUUCGAAGGCUUUGAAUCGUUUUCAAAGGGAAGAUCCAACAUUUCGUGUUGGCUUAGAUCCUGAGAGUGGUCAGACAAUUAUCUCUGGAAUGGGAGAGCUGCAUUUGGACAUAUAUGUCGAGCGCAUCCGAAGAGAGUACAAGGUUGAAGCAACUGUUGGAAAGCCUCGUGUUAAUUUCAGAGAGACAAUUACUCAACGUGCUGAAUUUGAUUAUUUACAUAAGAAGCAAAGUGGAGGGCAAGGCCAAUAUGGAAGAGUAAUUGGGUAUGUUGAACCACUUCCACCGGGGUCUCCAGCUAAGUUUGAAUUUGAAAACAUGCUAGUGGGACAAGCUAUUCCAUCAGGUUUUAUUCCUGCAAUUGAGAAGGGUUUCAAAGAGGCUGCAAACUCGGGUUCAUUAAUUGGACAUCCAGUUGAAAACAUCCGUAUAGUGUUAACAGAUGGUGCAUCUCAUGCUGUGGAUUCCAGUGAACUUGCAUUUAAGUUGGCUGCAAUAUACGCCUUCAGACAGUGCUAUACAGCUGCCAAGCCUGUGAUAUUGGAACCUAUUAUGUUGGUUGAGUUGAAAGUACCAACAGAGUUUCAGGGCACAGUAGCUGGUGAUAUAAACAAGAGGAAAGGUGUUAUUGUUGGAAAUGACCAAGAUGCAGAUGACUCCAUAAUUACUGCCCAUGUCCCUUUAAACAAUAUGUUUGGAUAUUCAACGUCACUCCGAUCAAUGACACAGGGCAAAGGUGAAUUCACAAUGGAAUACCAGGAGCACUUGCCUGUAUCUCAGGACGUGCAGAUGCAAUUAGUAAACACUUACAAGGCAAGUAAGGCAGCAGAAUAGCUGAGUGUCACCAAAGCAUGGAUCCAUCCGCCGGUUCUUUUUAAAGUUACGUAGUUUAUUGGUAUAUUAUUCUUUAUAGCUGCAUUGAUUCGGGAUAUUUGCUUGAUAUUGUAUUGAUAAAAAAAUUUUUGGUAACACAAUAAGCAAAACCGUGAUAAAGCGACUGAUAUGAUGAAUGUAUCAGCUUAUCAAGAACAAUGUUCAAAGAUAGUAAAAUUUUGUUCUCAUA